AUGGAUCUCAAACCGUUUCGGAGAGUCGUUCAUGAUAUCCAUGACUCUCAUCCACAGGUCUCCCACUUCACGAUAUGUUGUAUAUCCGCAUUUAUCGGUGAAACAGUAACCUACCCACUUGAUAGUGUCAAAACACGCCUUCAAGUUGCCGGUGAGCUCUCCGUAACUAAAGUUCGGCCGCGUUUAUUUCCCCUCAUUGUUUUAACUGUGAAAAAUGAAGGAAUUUUCAGUUUUUGGCAGGGUUUAUCACCAGCGCUAUAUCGGCAUUUCUUGUAUACAGGAGCUCGGAUGCCGAUUUAUGAGAUAAUAAGAAAUCGUGUUUUUGAUAUGCCUCCUGCAAGUGACAAAGCUAGGCAUGAGCUGGAAGUGGCUAGGUGCAAAGAAUCACAAGAUUCUCUUUCUCGGAGUUACGUCUUACACGCCGCUGCUGGUGGAAUAAUUUCGGGUGCUUUGGCCCAAUUUAUCUGCAGCCCCACUGAUCUAUACAAAGUUCGCUUGCAAACGGAGCAAAGAAUGAGUCUCGUCGCCACAACGCCUGUGAUUGACUCCACUGGAAGACCGAUUCCGUCUGUCGCGCACUCACCAAAACACCGUUUAGCCCAUUCGGUAACGUUUCGGCAACUGGUGAAAGAGAGCGGAUUGCUGGGUCUGUGGCGUGGUGGUCUGCCCAAUGUCCAGCGCGCUGCACUCGUCAAUAUGGGCGAGAUGACCACUUACGACACUGCAAAGCGCUGGCUGCAGCGGCGUUUUGGUCUCACUGACGGUCCACUUUUACACGGGUGUGCUUCCACCAUGUCCGGUUUCGUCUCAGCCUGUUUGGGCACUCCGGCCGACUUUAUCAAGACACGGAUGAUGAAUCAGCGCGUUGUGACUACCUCUGGUGUUCCUCUAUCCCCGCUCUACACUGGCAUGAUCGAUUGCGCAAUCAAAGUCGUUAAGCAAGAGGGCUUUUUCACCCUCUAUCGUGGUUUCUUCCUCAUCUGGGGUCGCAUGGCGCCGUGGUCACUAACUUUCUGGUUGACCUAUGAAAAGAUGCGUGCUUUCAUCGGCGCGGGAGGAUUUUAG